UCCGCGCCGUGCUCAGCCCAGCCCAGCGCAGCCCGGCCCGGCCCGCUCCCGCAUGAGAGAGGCAGCGGGGGAGCCAGGCCGCGCCGCGCCGCCGGCAUGUCCGCGCAUUGCUGCGCCGGCCAGUUGGCCUGCUGCUGUGGUAUUGCUGCUUGUUCCUUGUGCUGCAAAUGCUGUCCCAAGAUCAAACAGUCAACCAGCACCCGCUUCAUGUAUGCGCUUUACUUCAUGCUGGUGACUAUCAUCUGUUGUGUCAUGAUGUCAACAACCGUAGCUAACGAGAUGAAAACGCACAUUCCCUUCUACAAGCAGAUGUGCAAGAGUAUUCAGGCGGGUGAGAUGUGUGAGAAGUUGGUGGGAUACUCUGCAGUAUACAAAGUCUGUUUUGGAAUGGCCUGUUUCUUCUUUUUGUUUUUCUUAUUCACCAUCAAAAUUAACAGCAGCAAAAGCUGCCGUGCAUAUAUUCAUAAUGGAUUCUGGCUGAUAAAACUUAUACUUCUGGCAACAAUGUGCUCAGGAGCCUUCUUCAUUCCUGAUCAGGACACUUUCCUCAAUGCCUGGCGCUACGUGGGAGCAACAGGAGGUUUCCUUUUCAUUGCCAUUCAGCUCAUCCUGCUCGUUGAGUUCACACACAAAUGGAAUAAAAAUUGGACUGCGGGUGCAAAGCACAAGCAGAUGUGGAAUGGUUUGCUUGCUCUCGUCACUCUCACAUUGUACUCCAUUGCUGUGGCAGCCCUGGUCCUCAUGGCUCUUUUCUACACACACUCAGAGGGCUGCAUGUACAACAAAGUCCUGAUUGGUGUUCACGGUGGCCUGUGCCUCCUUGUGUCAUUGGUGGCCAUAUCUCCCUGUGUCCAGAAUCGCCAGCCCCACUCCGGUUUGCUGCAGUCAGGAGUUAUCAGCUGCUAUGUCAUGUACCUCACUUUCUCUGCACUGUCCAGCAAGCCACCAGAAACUAUCCUGGAUGAAAACAAUCGGAACAUCACAAUCUGUGUACCUGAAUUUAGUCAAGACCUGCACAGAGAUGAAAACCUGGUUACUGGCCUGGGUACUACCAUUUUGUUUGGCUGCAUUUUAUAUUCUUGUUUGACCUCAACAACACGUGCAAGCUCAGAAGCACUGAGGGGCAUAUAUGGAACACCUGAAAGUGAAGUAGCUCGUUGCUGCUUUUGCUGCAUGCCUGAUGGAGACGGUGACACUGAAGAGCACAUUGAAAAAAGGGGAGGCCAGUCUGUGAUUUAUGAUGAGAAGAAAGGCACAGUGUACAGUUAUGCCUACUUCCACUUUGUUUUUUUCUUGGCUUCACUCUAUGUGAUGAUGACAGUAACUCACUGGUUCCAUUAUGAAAGUGCUCAGAUUGAAAAAUUCUUCACCGGAACCUGGUCCAUCUUCUGGAUUAAGAUGGCCUCAUGUUGGGUUUGUGUCUGCCUGUACCUGUGGACUCUCAUUGCUCCACUCUGUUGCCCAACCAGAGAGUUCUCAGUGUGAACACUCAGAAAGUCUUUCUGGGUUUUUAUAUUUUUCUUUUUCCCCACCCCUGCCCCCUCCCCUGGCUGUUACAAAUAAAAUACAAAUAAUUUUGUAAUGAGGAAACACCUAUUUCCCCACUUAUCAUAAGGUACCAGUUAGUAAGUUUUUAGUCUGACUAAAGACAUGAUUGAAGACUUUUUUUAAUCUUUUUUAAUUUUCAUGAACAAGCAUUACCUAAGAGCUUACAAAUCUCGUCUAAAUCUUUGUAAUGCUGAUGUGUGGAGUGUAGGAAACACAGUUGUUGCAUAAACUGAAGUAAGAAAAUGCUUUUCAAAUAACUGACAAUCUUUCUCUGGCUUCAUUGGCAAGAAAAAGAAAAUCAUGGUGCAGAUAUAUCUUCUUCCUUCCUGUCAGUGUUGGCUAUCUUCUAGCAAAUAUACAUUCCUUUCCAUACUCUUCUAUUAACUGUGUCCUUUACAGUUUGCAGUGAUGAUUUGGACUGCUGUUCUGUACAGCAUAUAAUUCUUGUAAGUAUUAUCCAGAUAAUUUUUCCAGAAACAUAACUAAAUACUUCUUUAGAAAUAGAGAAUAUGUAAGAAUUUGAUUGCCAAAGCAUCUACUAAAAAUUCUUUAUCUAAAUAUUAAAUAUAUUAAGUUAUUGUCUACCUAGAUUGAGAAAGGAAUGUACCAAUGAUAAUAGAGUAUUUAUUCUGUUAUAACUUUUAAAGGCACCUGAAUAUUUUAUGCAAUUCAGAUCUGGUCCAGUGGUUAACAGAAGGGGAUUUCUGUACAGAAAUUCUUAAACUCUGAAUUUUGUCCAACUUUGCUUUGCUGGCUCUCCUAAAUUGCAUGCUGAAUGUAGUGCACCAGGAUUAAAGAUAUGGUACAUUCUCUAUUCAGGAUGUUUUCUGUUGGCAAAAUGCUAAUUACAUGAGCACUGCAAGUUGCUGUCAAAUUUAAAAGUGGAGUGCUCGUUUACUUUCCUACCUUGCUGUUUCAGCUUGUGUCUAAAGAUCUCCCAGGAUCUUCACUGUUACUAAUUUUAUAAUGUUUUAAAUGCAGUAAUGGUCAGAAAAGAACUGUGGUGCAUCAUGUUCUUUUUCUGCCUGCAUGUUGGUUGGAAAGUUUCUAACUGCUGUAUUUUUAUACUCCUCUGUUGAUGUUAGUUUUGCUGUUAGGGUGGAACUUAGCCAACCAAUCCAUUAAUGGAGACUAGACUUCUUUUGGAGACUUCCUAUUCUAAGCAGUGGGGUAAGCAGUCAGAAAAACAAAACCAGAAGACACAAAUGUAACAGCAGCUGUUUUAGUACGUAUGACUGACUUAACAAUAUUAAACUGUAUAGUGACACUUUUAUUGGCUUCAAGGAGACAAUACAGUGAUAGAACAACAGCUCAGAUGCCCUAAAUACUGAAUAAGAUUGAACCUAGUAUGAUUGUCUACAUUCCAAUGGGGUGAACUUAUGCUAGUCUUAGAGGUUUUAGCUUCUCUCCCUAUGCAUACAUAUACACACGAUGUGAAAUAUGCAGGAUAAAAACAAAAUCAACAGAUACAGCAGUUCUUGUUUCGAUAUAUGAAGGAGCCUUAAAAGUACUAGUAGUUUCUGCAAAACAAAGUAAAGCACAAAAUAGAGGCCAGGGAGGUGGCCAAAAUAUUUGCAUGCCUUAUUUGAUCUGUUGCAAUAAUUGCUGAUGCACACCUGGAGAGUAAUCCAAAAGUAACAGAUGUCAGUUCUGCUCUUGUUUUCAUUACCAUUUUUAGCUGCAUUGUUGCUGUGGUUAUCUUAAGGCUUCCAUCCUGCUUAGAGCUUGCUAGGGAUGCGAUCUUCCCAAUCCUAUGUACUCUUACCUCAAACAAAAUCUACAGGUCUGCAGUCCUGCGUGUUUACACCACUUACCCUUGGUGAUUAGAAGCCUCAAAAUACAUGUCAUGAGAUGUGAGGGAAGGAAGAGUCUGUCCAGAGGUGACUCCCCUGCUGCUCUUCCUGUUUGUAUCUAGAGGGAAAAAGCUGUUGAAGCUUAGUUUGGACAUGGAGUUAGAAGAGCAACAAACAGUUCUGGAGAGGAAAGCAGAGUUUUUUUCCUUUCCUUUUGCUUCUGCUGGAAGGUUCUAAUCUUGCCAAGAGCUCUGCUAGCAUGGGGGCCUGUCAGUGUGUCUCUCUGCAUUUGGAGUCCAGCCAUACAGAUCCUUCUGCAGCAGAAGAGGGUCUCUGUUAAUGCAUUGUCAAUAUAGAAGCCUUUAUCUUCUCUCUAAGAUAAUAGCUUAUGGGCUGUGCAAUGAUGACUAACAGUUGUUCCACCUAACUCACAGAAGUUACUCUGACAAACAAGCUUGAUCCAGUGCUAGAGCUGUGAGCUGCAGCUGAGACAGUCCAGGCUCUUGCUCCUCCCUUAGUGAAGGCUUUCCAUGAAGUAUAGAGGCUUGCAGGAGUUACUUUCUAUUGCCGUGUGUGUUGUACUAUGAGAAACUAAGCUUUGUUUUUUAAAUUAGCAACAUGUUUUCUAACAGAACAAUCUGGACAAAGGGCUCUGCAGAAGAAGCCAUGAACUACGUCAGGUUAUAAGGCAGGGAAUGGUAACUGUUUUCUGGUUCUGAUAGCUGUCACAAAUGUGGAUAACCUUAACACAUAUCUUGGCCAUUGGAUGUUCUUAUUUGUUUAUAAAAAGACCUAUUUUAUGUAGGCAGUAUCUGCCUGCAUAGGGACUUCCUGUACCUCAUUGUGCUCAAUUUUUUUAUAGUUUGUAUGUAAGGAAAUGGUUUUUACAUAGAGGAAACAGGGUUGUAAGAGUGAAGUCCAUAAUGAGGCAUAAGUCCAUUCUUUUUACACAGCACUUGCCUCACUGAGUUGCUCUUUCAUCAUUUCCUUCCACUAUUGACCUUAAGCAUCUAGAUCAGCUGGUAUAGGUAGGGUGGGAAUGGACCAGUGCCUGACCACACUGCUUUGUCUAUUUCUGAGGAAACAUUGUGGGAAAUCACCCUGAAAAUAACCUUUGAUGACCUGUUAGUCCAUGCUGUGGUCCCAGAUCCAUCUGGGUAUCUACAGGCCUUUCUAAUGAAUCAGUAACUGGUGGCACCUGGGUGUUCAAUGCCCCUAGAUCCUCAGGCACAGCUUCCUGCUGGCCAGGCAAGUGUUACAGCCUUACCAUUCACUGUAAAAUCUGUACUGUGAACUUCCAUGUGCAACUACUUAAGAAAAUCCUCAACAAGGAUCAAGGAUUCAAAUGCCCAGUUCAUAGAUUCCAAACAACUCACAUAAUUGGGCUUUUAAAACCUUCUGAAGAAGUGCCUUCAUACCUAUUGCUGUGAUUGCUGAUAAUUAGGUGGCAUUGGAAACAUCAGGUGGCAUUGGAAAUGGAAAACUUGAACUGAGCCUGUGACUGGGUGAUACUGCCUUGUACAUUACACUGGUGUGUACAAGACUAAAGUCAGACCCAUGGUGCAUGUGGAAGACUAAAAUAAUCUGUGCUUGACAAACCUCUUAGGGAGACUGUCUCAGAUACUACUGCACAGUGUAAGAUGAUCUGGGAAGACUCAAAUAGCCUGAUGCUUUUGUAAGUAAAUGAGUAGCUGUUGCUUACAUUUACAUUUAAGCUGUAAACAGUUAGCUUUCUCUCCCCAUAUCUGGAAGUGCAGGUGUCUGCUCUGCUUGCGGCGGUUAGCUGCUUGGUGUCUGUCCUGCCUUGUGCCACAACUGUUCAUUGAAUUCUCAGGUGUAAGUGGAGCAGCAUUUCUGGCUCCUAGUAUUUUUCGACUGUGUGAAGUGAGGAAGAUGUUGUUACAAACACAGGAAGACUAGGGAACAUGUCCUGUACUAAGUUUCCUCUAGUUAAUACUAAUGGUAUCGUUUAAUGGACUCUUGGAGGAGCUGACUGCUGGCUCAAGUUAGUUAUGCUGGGAAAGUGAAACAAUUUUAUCAGCACCUUUCUACUUUUUCAAGUUGUCUGUCUUAAGAAAGGGUAUUUGAAGCCUCGCUGCUCCGUUGUCUGAGACUGGAACAGUUUUGGAUUUUCUCAUGAAAGCAACCAGGAGCUGCAAUCAUGACUGGUUCUUAUCUGGGGUAAAAUCAGUGUGAUGGACUCAGAGAGCAAAUAUCUGAAUCCAGACAGGUAGACUAAUAAGUGAUACCAUAAAACCUCAUUAUGAAUGUUUGGAAAGCAGAUGAGUGUGCUUGUUUGCUGUUUACCAGCUAGUUUCUCAGUGCGUGCAGGCACCCCUUGCAGCUGGAUGCCUAGUAAGGAACAGCACUGUGAUCACACACCAGUAUUGUUACACGCUUGUGAUACUCUUAGCUCUGCACUUCAAGCAUUUCCAUGGGGUUCAAAAAGCUCAUACUUACCUAACUAAUUUGGUAAAUCGUGGCUGUGUUGGGCCACUUUCAUCUGAAAUAGGUAAUUUAGUGUUGCUAAUCUAUGCAUAGUCAGAAGGAGGGCUUGUCCCCUCCCAGAGUCAUAAAUGCUGCAUGUCUAUUUUAUUUAUUUAUUUCGUGUUUUAGCACCUUUUUACAGAUCUAGAAGCGCUUUGAGAUUAUAAACCGUGCACGUACAAAUGCUUCAUCAGCCACUGGUGUGGCCAUAUCUGGGCUAGAACGUUCCUAUUAAUGAAGCAACCGUUGCACCCUUGAAAAGAGCUGUUCUUUAACAGUUCUCUGGUUUUGACCUGUGCAUCAGGAAAAUUUGGGAGCUCAAGACAGUGCUGCUUGAGCUUUGGCUAGCAGCCCACGCUAUCAUGGGCACCUCUGAACAGAUCAGUAACAAUAAUCUGCUGACUGCUCUUAAAACAUGCUAUAAAGAUUUUCUGCUAUCAGCUGUUACGCUUUUCUCCUGAGUAACUUGCUGAAGCAUGAUACCACGAGUCUGUACCUGUGUGGCUGGAUGGGUGAGCUCGAGUCUCCAUGCAGACUUAAGCUAAAACUUAAGCUACAGUUUUGCUCUCGUCUUUCCUUCUGGGCUUUAGAAACAAUGUCUUUUGCUUGCUGGUUGUCUCUCCUUGUUUUAUUUGCCUUUUUCUCCUUGGAUUGUUUUUAAAGGCAUUGUAAACCUGCUUCACUCCCAUUCUGCUUCCUGUCAAGUGGGAUGUCUUUGGUGCUAGAAACUAGCAAAGAAUUCUUUGCUGUGUCCUGUUGAUCCUUUCCUUUUAUAGCAGGACAAACUGCAGUGUUCAAGUCAAGGAUCAUAGUUGAUUAUAUGGAUCAGUUUUCUCUAUGAAAACUGCUUCUUUGUUUUUUGAAAUGGCCUAUGAGUUCUUGUGGGAAGAAAACACAUAAUGAGCACCAUGACAUCUUACUUCGUGUUUUCAAUUUUGUAAACAGUAGUUUGAACUGAGUGUUUCACAUGACUGUACAAGGGAAUGCCAGGGGUCAAGUACUUAGAAAGCUUUGGCUUUUUGUUCUUGUAACAGAAUGCAUAACUUGGGAACUGGUAUCUCUCUGUGUUUUCAACAUCCUGAUGGCAGAAUGCCCAUGUGCUAAAGGGCGGGGAUAAAAAUCAUAGAACAGUUAGGGUUGGAAAGGACCUUAAGAUCAUCUAGUUCCAACCCCCCUGCCAUGGGCAGGGACACCUCACACUAAAGCACGUCACCCAAGGCUCUGUCCAGCCUGGCCUUGAACACUGCCAGAGGUGCAGGCACACUGUGCAGGGUUUGAGGUAGAAACUUCAGGAGACUGGCAUGGUGUCUGCUCUCUAAUGCCAGAUGAAAUUCUGUAGGUGUCAAGGGGGCUUAAAUCCAGCUUUGAUUUGGUUUGUUGUUUUUUUUUUUUUUAUCAAACCUGGUUUUGACUCCUUCCCACCUGUUCAAUAAUGCUAUUUUUAAAGGUAGAUUUAAUUUCAGAUACAAGCCCCAUUUGCCAGUCUCCAAUAGCUCCCAGUGCUGUGCUGGGCAGCCAUUUGCACAAACUUCUUCAGAGCCACAGUGAUCAGCUCUGGGACUGCUCCAGCAGCCAAAAGCUUCCAGGGCUUUUUGCUCAGCAGAGCUGUGGGGUGCACCACUGCAACCACGCGUUUGCCAAAGAGGCCUUGGUGUGAAGCCAACAAGAGUUUUGGAAAGCUAUGGGGAAAUAAUACCUUUUAACUCAUACCAGGGCUUUACUUCUCCUUUAACCAACAUGUCCAGGUGCUCAGGUGUCAUUGGACAUCCGUACGGACAGAUUUAAGGUGAGGAGCGUUGACUUUCAGAGAAAAUUGUUCAACUUGCCAUAUGCAAGGUGAGAAAAUAGUUACUGAGAACAUACGGGUUCACUGUCUGCUUAUUGUUUACCACGAGGAGCGGUGCCCAGUCUGGUAUAUGCCAUGUUCGAAAACUGGAUGCAAAGUAGUCAAAAUGUAAACACAUUUUCUUAGCGAUGAGGGGAUUUUAAUUAGUCUUUUACUAGGUCCUUAAUAUCUCAAGGGAACUUUUUUGGUGUGUAAGUGUGGUUUUAUUUUAUUAAGCUGUAGCCCAAGGAAGUGGAGGCUUGCUCGUUUAUUUAAAUUUUUCAAGUUUUUGUGAUCUGUAGUAACUGUAACACUUUGAAUUUUAAGGGUUGGUAAAGAUGUCAGAGUCUUAAGAUCUUAAUUGUAAAAUAGUCAACAGCUUUGCCUUUUUUAAAGCAUGUUAAUGGUUUUUAUGAACACUUUCUUUUGUAUACUGAGUGAAUGUAUUGUUAUAGAUUUAAUGUUUAAUGGACCAAUAAAGUUUUUCUUACAUUUGAAAUGAA